AUGGGAACAGAUGAUAUCGUGAUGUCUUCCCUUCCCCUGCCAGGACGGAGCCAUCAAUCGUGGGAGCUCCCCUCUUCUCGUUGUCUCAACGAGACGGAAGGACAUAUAUGCCAUCGCUUACCAUGCAUGCAUAUACAAGUGAAGCUGACAUACGGAAGAGAAUCGAAAACAAACGUGCAGAGUAUGGAUGUCGGAUUGCUGAAGAAAAAGUGUAAGUGCAAAAAUGAGAGCAGGGAACGAGGGGAAUGGGAACAUCGCCUUUGUAACGGUUGUGACGUCACGUGCCGCCAGUGUUCCCACGGAAAAGCAAGCGAACACUCUCUUUGUCAUCCUCCUCGCACUUCGUUUCUCUCGUUCUCCUUCCAUUCUUUGUUGCUCACAAGCAAUCAUUGA